AUGGCUGUUGUUGACGACGAAUCCAUUCCUGCAAAUUUCUCAACUUCGAACUCCACGCACAAGAAAGUCGUAUUUCAUUCCCCAAAGGCAAAUCUCUCUCUAGAUCUUCGCUACAUUAUGGAAUCAUCGCUGGACAACGUCCCCGAACCAAGAGUGGAAUUCAGAGAGCUCGACUUAACCGAGAAAGGUCAUCUCGGUCUUGGUAUCUGUAGUGACCUCGUCCUGCGCGAGGGGCAGACAGUCACUUUUGUGUUGAGGAUUGUCCCUGAGAAGAGUGUUCCGGCCGCCCAACCAACUCCCGAGAAAGCUGAAGAACUUGGUGUUCCAUACGAGAAACUCCUUCGAGGGGUAUCAGAUCUCCGACCGGUCGAGGAUCCUUUCCUGACGAAGGGUCUUUUACGCGAGCUUCUAGAGGGUACGAAUCAAUACUGGAAUGCUUGGAUUCGCCGAUCAACCUACGAGGGGUCGUGGAAGGAAGCCGUCCAUCGCAGUGCGCUCGCAUUAAAACUGCUCAUCUUUGAACCUACCGGAGCUAUUGUCGCCAGUCCGACGUUCAGCCUUCCGGAAUACAUUGGAGGAACGAGGAACUGGGAUUAUCGGGCUUCAUGGAUUCGUGACUCAUCGUUCACAUUAUACGCUCUUAUUCGCCUCGGAUUCACACACGAGGCCAAUGCUUACAUGGAGUUUAUUCUUGAUCGUCUGCGGACUAAGAAUCCUGACGGCUCACUGAGCAUUAUGUAUACAAUUCAUGGAGAGAAUAUCUUCCCAGAAGAAGAGCUGACACAUUUGGACGGUCAUAGAGGAUCUAAACCUGUCCGGAUUGGAAACGGAGCUAUCGAUCAUGUGCAAUUAGACAUAUAUGGCGAAUUGUACGCACUAUAUGGCAUGAUACCUCUUCAAGAAGUGAUUGAUACUCGCGGUUUAGGAUGGACUGUAUCUACCUCUCGCAAAAGGUGCGAAUACGGCAAACCUCUGUCUUAUGAUACAUGGGUUGCUGUUCGGGAGAUCGUAGAUUUUGUGAUCACGAAGUUACACGAACCCGACCUAUCCAUCUGGGAAGUGCGAAAUCGGCAUCGCCAUUUCACAUAUUCCAAGAUCAUGAUGUGGGUUGCAAUUGACAGAGGCCUUCGUCUCGCCGACAAGCGUUCCCUCCCGUGUCCUAAAAGAAAUGAGUGGCUUGUUGCACGCGACUCGCUCUAUGAGGAAAUUAUGCAUAAGGCAUGGAACCCUGAAAAGCAGUUCUUUGCACAGAGCUAUGAGGAUCAAGAUGUUCUUGACUCGGCGCUUCUUAUUAUGCCACUUGUCUUCUUCAUGACACCGUCCGACCCUCGCUUCCUCAGUACUCUGCGUCAGAUCCUCCGAAGCCCUGAACGGGGAGGAUUGACUUCGAAUGGUCUCGUCUACCGAUACGACGUGAACAAGACAGAUGAUGGUGUUGGCGGAGAAGAAGGCACGUUCUGUCUGUGUACCCUUUGGUGUGUUGAAGCCCUUGCUCGCGCGGGAGAAUAUGACAAGGGGAUGCUGACUCAAGCUGUUGCGAUGUUCGAGGAUUUCCUGCAGUACACGAACCAUCUCGGCCUGUGCACGGAAGAGAUAUCCGCCGCAGGCGAAGCACUUGGGAAUGCUGUGCAAGGAUUCACACACGUCACCUUGAUAUCGGCGGCUUAUAACCUGUCGAGAAUGCAAGGAAAGUUCAAGAAGAUUUAG